CCCAGAAUCCUUUUCGCCUCUGAGCGAGGGAGCAGGAUCAUCCAUUUGGAGCAAUCAAGGAUCUCGGUCCAGCCUUUUCCUUGUCAGGGAAAUACGGAUCCCCGUAUCUCAAAGGGAUCAGCCCGGCUCCCCCUUUCUCCUCUGCACCGCUCCGGCCCUCGCCAAGAGGACCACCUCAUUCCUGGCGGAUUGUGGCCUGGGCUUUCCGAGCAUUGCUAGAGGAUGUGUGGCCGAACGUCUUGCCACCUACCUGUAGAGACCAUCAGGAGGGCAUGUAGGUACAUUGACAGCUAUGGACAAGAGCAGCUACCAGAUUGGAAGGAUGAGCAUAAGUACUUUCCCUCCUACAACAAGAGUCCCCAAUCCAACAGCCCAGUGCUUGUAUCUCGAUUACAUUUUGAAAAGGAUGCUGAUCCUUGUGAUAGGGUAAUUGCUGCAAUGCGCUGGGGCUUGAUCCCAUCUUGGGUCAGAGAGUCUGAUGCUUCAAAGAUACAGUUCAAUACUAGCAACUGUCGAAGUGAAACUAUGCUGGAGAGACGGUCAUAUAAGAUACCUCUGGAAAAGGGCAGGCGAUGUGUGGUGCUGGCAGAUGGGUUUUUUGAGUGGCAGCAGUUUCGGGGGGAAAAGCAACCUUAUUUCAUCUACUUCCCCCAAAUUAAGACAGAACAGUCAUUCUUCAGCCGCUCAGUAGAAGAGGAAGUUUGGGAUGACUGGAGGCUGCUAACAAUGGCUGGGAUCUUUGACCGUUGGGAGCCACCAAAUGGAGGAGAGCCCCUCUACUCUUACACUAUCAUCACAGUGGACUCCUGCAAAGCAUUAAGUGACAUUCAUCACAGGAUGCCUGCUUUACUGGAUGGUGAGGAAGCAAUUGCUAAAUGGCUGGAUUUUGGUGAGGUCCCAAUUCAGGAAGCUUUGAAGGUGAUUCAUCCUGUAGAGAACAUUGAGUUCCAUCCAGUUUCUACUGUGGUGAACAACUCCCUGAACAAUACACCCCAAUGUCUUGAACCUGUUGAGAUCGAGGAGAUGCCCUACGUUAGUCCUAGCCGUCGGAAGAUGUCGCCAAAAUCUCCCCUAAAGGAAGACCCUGAUCCUCCCAAAAGGUCCAGGGAGUCUGGGCGGAAGAGUCCUUCCAGGAGGGGCAGUGCAGAGUUAAUGGAGCGGUGGCUGAACAAGUAUGAAGCUGGCCAAAACAAGAGACCCAAGAUUUAGUACAGCAAACAUAGGGAGCUUCCCUCUGUCGGCACAGAGGGGUGAUAGAGAUCUCCAUUAGCUCCCCUGAUUUCUAACUCUUCCUUGUCAAGGUAUCUGCUCCAGGGUUUCCCAUUUUUCAGCUUUUGUGCCCACCUCUUCUCCCUCUGUAGUCCAGGCGCUAAAAAUGGCCAUACUGGGCUAGGAAGAACUUUUCUUUCUCUGAUUGGUGUUCUUGCCCCCACAACUGCAACCUACUAUGUGUAUGUAAUCUUUUUAUUUACAAAGUCAGGGUAGGAAAAAAGGCGACUGUUGAAACCAAAUUUAACUCUUGAAUUGUCUUAAAUUUUGUUACAUGGAAUGCCUAAUGUCUCUUUAAUAAUAGGCCACUGUACUUGAAAUUUUCUCCUGUUUUUCAUCCUUUGGGUUUCGUAUUCAGCUAUUUUCUUCAAUUUGUUUAUGUGAAUUUGACAAAAUGAGUGGCACAAUGAGGUCAUGAAUUGUAGGCUUUCAUGGUUGUACAUCUGGUGAUGGGCAGAGCCUGGUUUGAGUUUGAUAUAAAAAUCUGUAUCUCAGGAAUGUGCAGUUAGUUUUGCCAGGUUUGGACUAGUAGACUUAUGGGACCAGAACCAUUGUGUUUAUCUCUGAGGCAUUAAGAUACUUUAUCUGUGCCCAGUAGGCUCCACGAAGCUUUCAGCUGGUUCAUUGGGGCAAGGUUCAAGGGAGAAAAGUGAUUCCCAAUGAGCCUGGUUCACAGAAGAGGGUCGUGUAGGGUUAGGACUCUUCCUGAAGGAAAGUGACAAUUCAAAAUUAGUUCAUCCAGCUUGUGAGGUGUUUCUUUAAUCUUUAGAGUGUUGUGGUUGGGACAGGUUUUUACAGUUCUGAGUGUGGUGUUGGAAGGGGAGCUGUGAAGGAGUGUAGGGGGUAACACUUGUUUUCCUGUCAGCGGUAUUCCACUUAGCUUCUGAACAACUGAACCUGUCUGGGUGAGUUGCACUGUUCAGUUUCUAUAUGGAAAUCAGUGAUCUGGAAAUAAUAAAAAGAAAUUCUUGGUG